CCGCUCUGCGAAACAGUCGGCCUGAGAAGAGCUUCGAAUUCGGGGCAUUUGAACACCUUACUUACGACUGCUGGACCAGUCGUAACUCCUCCCAACAACAAUGGAAUUCCAUCCAGCAGAACAACCACCAGCAACAGUCACUGCAAUCCCAAUGUCCGUGCCAACGACCACCACCGCCACCCCCGCCCCCAUCACCCCUGCACCGCUCACAACCACCACCAGCACAGUCCCCGACGCAACAGCCAACACCCACCUCACAAUAAACUUUGGCACCCAGGAGAACUACGAGGCCUUUCGAAAGCAUGUUAGGGAGGAUCCCACCUUUUUGAAAUUGAGAUCCCAGGAACUGACAGACUGGUGGUUGGUCAAAUUCUUUGAUGGGGCGAGAGGGAAUACGGAGUUGGCAUUGAAGAUGUUGGAGAGGACUCUUCAAUGGAGGAUAGACUAUAAGUAUUCUUCGCUCCGCACGGAGGACUUUUCCGCGGACCACGCGACCGGCAAACUGUACUUCCAUCACUUCACAAAAGACUCGACCCCCGUGCUGAUCUGGCGCAUCUGCCGCCACAAAGCCGACCCCAAGAACGUCGAACACACCGUUCGCUUCAUCGUCUCGUUUCUCGAAAAGGGCACGCGGGAAGGGAUCAUCACCUCCCGCCUCACCCUGCUGAUCGACCGCGUCGGCAGCGUGAACGAGAACGUGGAGGGGAUCGCGUUUUUCCGGAGCUUGACGCACGUGUUGCAGACGCAUUUCCCCGAGAUGCUGCAGCGGUUGGUGAUCUUCCCCACCAACUGGCUGCUGUGGACGGUCUGGAAGGUCGUCAAACCCUUCCUGGACGCCUCGGUCGUCGAGCGGUUAUCCCUCCUUGGCCCGAAGGAGUAUAAACAGGUGUUGCAGGACCUGAUCAGCGCGGAGCAUCUGUCGCCGCGGUAUGGCGGGACGAGCGUGGAUUGGACCGAGGCCGUUGGCGGCGGCGGCGGCCAUGUCGAGGAGUCCGAUGACGACGACCCUCACAUUGAGAACGGUAAACAAGCCCCCGGCCGCGACUCCGGUGUAUCCGUCUCGGCCGUCUCGCUCGACGGCCUGCAUAUCUCGAAGAAGGCGGACCACUCCUCGUCCUCGCACAGUCGGUUUGGGAAGGCGGCGGGGGGGUGGGGUGUUGGGAGCAAGAUGAGGAGGAUGUUCAAGGACGCGAAGGAGGGGAAGGAGGGGGGACAACAGCAUUCUUAAGCACGAUUUGGGAACGGUGUAGUGUAGUCGUAGAUGGGAUUAGAACGUUUUAAACCCAAGAAACGAACGAACAGAGACUCUCCACCCCACUUUCAUCCCCCGGACCGCCCCCCCGCCUUCCACUUCCGCCUUCCCCCUCUUCGCCAACAUGUGA